GUGUCGAGGAUUCCUGUCCUGAUAGAAUUCCAAAACGUUACUUCAAGAUGAACAAUUGCAUGGCAACCAUUAUUUCAAUCGCCCUCCUUCUGGGUAACUCUGUCAAGCUCCGAGCUUCCGUUACUGGGCCGGUUCCCUCGGACGGUGAUGGUCCUGCGUGUCAGGUGUGUCAGCAGUGCUGCCAGGGACCUGCUGCAAUACCCGGCAUACCAGGUCUGCCUGGGCCAGUAGGACCGAUGGGGCCGUACGGUCAGCCGGGGUCAAAGGGCGUUGCAGGACAGCAAGGUGAGAUUGGGCCGAUUGGACCUAUGGGUGAGCGGGGAGCACCUGGGAACACUGGGUCUAAAGGUGAUGAUGGGAUUGGCUUGCCUGGCAAGAUAGGUCCCAGAGGUGUACCAGGUAUCGUUGGAAGAAUCGGAGAAACUGGUGUCAAAGGUCAGAAGGGUGAGCCAGGGGAGAGACCAGACGACUCCAACCAGCGGGUUGCGUUCACCGUGGUGAGGGUGAGCAGCUCGGUUACCUCUACGAGUCGCGACACCCGCUUGCCAUUCCAGGAGACCGAAACGCUUCUGCCGGGUACCAGCUUCGAUCUCGAGACUGGCACGUUUACCUGUAGAGUGCCGGGCACCUACGUGUUUACAUUUUCUGUGCUUCAAUAUACUUCAAGCACUAUCCUUUACAUACAUCUGAAGAAAAACAACGACUGGGUUGUCACUGGAUAUAGCGGGGAUUCAGCUAGUCAAGAGCAGGUGUCUGGGAGCGCGGUGCUGGUGCUGCAUCGUGAAGACACGGUGUAUCUUACCAUACACGGCCAGGCGGGUAGUGGUUCAUAUCACCACACCUCAUUCAGUGGCUUCCUCCUUUACCCCGAAUAGUCAAACACAAUAACCACGCCCAGUAUAUACACGAUCACGCGCUUUGCCGAAUUUCCAAUCGCUCCACCGUCUAUCCGAAACAACAUCUAAUUAAUAAG